UGCAGACCUACCUUCACCCCCGUUACCAUAGGCUACCUAAUUGAAGACGCUGUAUAAAAGUUUUCUAAAGGUAGCCUGUUUGUUUUUCUAAUCUAUUUUAUGGUCUCUGUAAAAUAGGCACAUAGCCUACAGUACUUUCCUAAAUCUGCAAUGAUAGUUAAAAAAAUUUUUGUUAGAUAUUCUUAGUGGACCGUUCUUUUCUGUUCAGAGCAGGUGCAUGUUGUGAAUUAACCUACUUGCGGCGCGUUUUCUUAGACUAUCCUUUUUGGAAUUUUGAAACAUCACUGAUUUCACGAAGGAUUUAGCCUAGCUAUAAACCUUGAUUUUUAUUUAGAUGUCUUCACUACCGUUUUUUGCCUUUGGGCUUUUCUUUGGUUUCAUCGUCAGUUAUUCUGUUUUACGUGCUGACUUUGACAUUUCUACUUAUGUUCGGCUUACUCCGGGAAACCACAUAACGAAUACAUCUACCACAAACCCUCCAAAGGCGGAUGCUUUACUGCCAACCGAAGAAAUGCCAAUCUUGAAACUCACGAAGGACCACUUUCCCAAAGUUCGAGUACUGUGCUGGGUAAUGACGGCACCUAAGAAUCUUCAGAAGAAGGCAUUGCAUGUCCGUGCCACUUGGACCAAACGAUGUGAUAAAGUGCUAUUCAUGAGUUCGGAGGAGACCGAGUUUCCUACAGUGGGGCUCAAUGUUACCGAGGGCAGAGACCAACUCUACUGGAAGACAAUAAGAGCUUUCCAGUAUAUUCACAAAACCCAUUUGGAUGAUGCCGACUGGUUUUUGAAAGCCGACGACGACACCUACGUUGUGCUGGACAAUCUUCGUUAUCUCCUUUCUAAAUAUGACUCGGAUCGACCCAUUUAUUUUGGCCGUCGUUUCAGACCAUUCAUACAACAGGGCUACAUGAGCGGGGGGGCUGGUUACGUUCUAAGCAAAGAGGCGCUCAGGAGGUUUGUGGAAGGAUUUCGCGUUGGAAAAUGCACCCACUUUUCUUCCAUUGAGGACAUGGCGUUGGGAAAAUGCAUGGAGACCAUGGAAGUGGAAGCAGGAGACUCCAGGGACAGAAAGAAGCGGGAGACAUUUCACCCUUUUCACCCAGAAUCGCAUUUAAUCAAGGAUCCGGGCAAUAAACAAUCCUGGUACUGGGGUUAUGGAUAUUACCCCACCACUGAAGGUCCUGAGUGCUGUUCAGAUCUUUCAGUGUCCUUCCAUUACAUACGCCCAGAUGAUAUGUAUGUACUGGACUAUUUUACCUAUCACCUUCGUCCGUAUGGCUACCACUACAGAUUCAAUCCUGAUUCUCCACAAAAUAAUACUGAGAAAAUAAAAGCAUUAAAUACAAAUAUGGGCACAUAAGUCGUGCUUAAUCAUAUCUUGAUUAAUAUCUUUGAACUGGUUUUCUGUCCCUUACAUUGCCUGCUGAAAUCUUGGUAGCUCUUCCAUUCCUUGAUCUAAAAAUAAUUCAAAACAAAUUGUAUCUUGUUCAUCUGGUUUGGAACGUUCAACUGGUUUUAACUGAAACAUAAUUAUAGUUCUGGAUAACUUGAGUUCCAACAUUUUUCAGCAAGUCAGAAAGUUUUUCCAUGAUUCUAAAGUGUCCAGUUUUUGCCAAUUUACCAAUGUCUAUAUAUGAAAAUAUAUACGUAGACAGUUUAAAUAACCGGUGGUGCGUGUUUAUGAUAAUACAUAAAAUAUCCAAAAUAAACAAAUAUCACUGAGAUGUGUCACUUUAUGCAAUGUUUGUUUGUGCCGUUGCCAAGCAGAUAAUAAAUACUGGACAUUAUUUGCAUACUUCUAAACAAUUACUUGUUUUAUUGUAACUUGAGAAGCAGAUGGUUUACCAG